GAGCUGAAGACGACACGGCAUGGAAGCCAGCUGGUAAAACUAGAAACUUCUAUAGGGAUUUUAUUAAAAAGCUAAAUUUAUUCAAAUAAACAUCUUUUAACUACUAGAAUUCUACAAUUAUUUAUAGGUUUCAUGUUUGAGGAAACAAAUUGUUCUUAUAUUUCUGAACCUAAAUGAAGCUAACAUUCACUUUAGCCUUCUUUUCUGUAUCUUAGAUUUUUGGUGGAAUGAUGGCUCAUAUUUUGGUUUGUGCAACAUAAAAAGUCUAAUUUUUGAUUUGUGGUGAGCUUUAUAAGUGAGGAGGAGGUUUUUUAUAGUGGAUGCAGACUUGAACUGGCACUUUUUAGUCCAAUCAUGUCUAACCUUUGGUGGUUAAAACAUCUGAUGGUCAGACCCAGACUAUAGAGGAACCAACCUUUGGCUAAAACAUUUCUAAUCCUUUACAUGUUUAUUUAAUCUGCAGAUGCUUGUCUGUAAAGAGCACUCAGAACUAAACAUGGUUUCAGACACUAACAUGCGUUAUUCUGCCGUCUAGCUGCCAUCAUGACGUCUUUAGAAUACAAUGCAAGUAAAAUAUCAGUGGAACUGAAACAGCUUACAUUUAGAGAGCAUCAGCUUGAAGACAGAAAGAAGAUUCUGUGUGUUUUCCGGGAGUUGAGGAAACGCGCUGAUUGUGAGCAUACAGAAGAAGCAGCUGCAACUGAAGACGAGAUUGAAGACAUUAAUAAAGACCUAAAGGCAAUCAGUGAAAGGAAGGCUGAACUCCAGAAGACUUAUGAAGAAAUCCUGGUUUCCAAAGACCAGAAAAAGAUUGACGAUAAGGAGUCACAGGCUGGUUUUGAUGAAAACGACUCUAGUGUUUACGUCGUUGAGCUUCCACCUUCCUAUCCUGCCCCUACAGUGAUCCUGGAUGCGGAGAAGCUUCCACCACAUCCAUGCAGGACUCAGUGCCCGGAAUGUCGAGUGUUUAUCAUAACAGAAACGUUCACUUCCAUCAGCAGUGUGACCUGGCUUGUGUGUUUCAUGUCAGCCAUGAUUGGCUGUGUAGCCGGCUGCUGUCUCAUUCCUUUCUGCAGCGACAAGUUCAAGUCCAUCACACACAGAUGUCCAAAGUGUAGGACACCGAUUGUAACCCUCAAAACUCUCUGAGACGAGGUUUAUUGGUAACAUGGAGGUUUUUUUUAAUGUUGAUACAUAACGAAGCCCAUUAGCUGUGUGAUUUGAGAUGUUUUCCAUAGAUUAGGUUUACAGUGUUGUCAAAAAGUAUGGAAGUCCUUACAGAUUUCUUCUGUUUGUCAUUUAUGUGUCACACCUAAAUGUUUCAGCUCAUCUAACAAAUGUCAAUAUCUGACAAAAGUAACCGGAAUAAAUACAAACUGCAGGAAUUUUGUCCAACUCUUCCUUAGAGAGUUGUUUUAUUUCAGCCACACUGGAGGGCUUUUGAGCGGGAACAGCCUGUUUAAGGUCAAAGGUCAAAUAUUCUCUAAUAGGAUGUUCUGGUAGAGAGCAGGAUGCAUGGUUCCAUCAGCUACAGCACUGCCACCACAUGUCUGAUGGGUUUUUAAUGCAGUGUUAGUUUCACCAUCAGCAUAAAGCUUUCAGUAUAGUCUUGGAUGAGUUUGUUUGUUCUUGAGUUUCUGUCUAAACAUUUAAAGAAUAAAAAAGGGUCAAUUUUCACCAUCGAAUUGACACAGCAUAACCUUUCAUGCACGCCAGAGCUGCAAAGUCAAGGUUACGCCAGCUGGAGGAUCCAGACGCACAAAUCAACCUUUUGCUCACUUAGAGUCCUCCUUCAUCAACAUAAUGUGAAAUUUCAUUUUUUGCUGAUGAAUGCCAGAUCUAUCUCCCUCUUCGACGUGGAGAGGAUAGAUCUGUUUCUCCUUUACUGGACUGUUUGAAGGACAUAAAAUGUUGGAUGGCUUCUAAUUUUUUGCACCUAAAUGAGAGCAAAACGGAAGUCAUAAUACUUAGUCCUGGCAGAAGAAAUGGCUCAGGUGCUGAUAUUGACCUUGGCCCAUUGACCCCCUAUGAAAAGAAAAUGGUCAGUAAUUUGGGGAUAAAAAUGGACUCCUCACUUAAUCUUGACACUCACGUCAAUAAAGUGGUGAGGUCCUGUUUUUUUAACCUGAAAAGACUAUCCAGGAUCAGGCCUCUGCUGUCCAGAGCUCAUCUGGAGUCUGUGUUGCAUGCUUUCGUCCUGUCCCGGCUGGACUACUGAAACGCUCUGUAUGCUGGUCUGGCCCAGUGCACGGCUGCACGAUUCCAGUUUGUGCAGAACUCAGUGGCUAGGUUCCUGACAGGUACUAGAUGUCGAGAUCACAUUACACCAGUGCUGACUGCUCUGCACUGGCUCCCGGUGCAAUUCCGAGCUAAAUUUAAAAUCUUAACUCUCGUUUAUAAAGCCCUCCAGGGCAGUGCCCCCUCUUACAUUACUGCACUUUUGCACAGGUAUGCUCCAUCUCUGUCUCUUCGCUCAGCCGAGCAGGAACUUCUGGUGGUCCCCCGGUCGAAAUGUCAAUCGAGGGGUUAUCGUGCAUUUUCUGUUUUGGCUCCAACUCUGUGGAAUGAAUUGCCAUUGAGCAUUAGGCAGCCACCGUCCCUUCCAGUCUUUAAGUCUCGUCUGAAGACUCAUUUUUAUUUGAUUGCUUUUCAGUGCUAGGGUUCUUUGAAUUGCCCUGACAUUAUGGUUUUAAUUCUUCUUCUUUUUGAUCAGGAUGCUUGAUCUUAUUUUGUCCAUCAUUUGUUUUUAAUUGAUUAGUCUUAUUCUGUUUUCUCUCUGUAUUUGUAAUGUUGUUUGCUUGAUAUUUUAUGAUUUUAUGUUUUUAUCUUGCUUUUAUGCCCAGGUACUGGGAAUGUUUUUAUGAUGAUGCUGUUCAGCACCUUGGGCUUCUGAUAAAGUUGUGGAAGGUGAUCUACAAAUAAAAUUGAAUUGAAUUGAACAGUGUUCUUCAACGCAGAUAUGAAUAAACUGUCAAGGUCUCCCGCAAAAGCCCUUCUCUCUGCCCAGACUGCUGGAUUCCCCACUCUGAAUAAAAGUGAAUCCUCACGAAUCCUACAAGGCUUUACUGCUUAUAAGUUAAAUAAUCAUAUGUGAUAAAUGAACAAGAUGUUUAAACCAAACGUUUGAAUAAUCUGUGCUUAAAUCAAUGAAGUUGAACUGAGCGUUGCUCUUACAAUGAUCCAUUGCAGAUCUUAUUAUCAGUAUACGUUUUGAUUUAACAAGUUAAUCAUUAUCUAGACUCAUACACAUCUUCAUAAGAUACAAAUUAAGAUUAAGAUUCACCUCACAUAACGUUUAUAGAUUCUUAUUCACAGAGUUAAGAAUCUUGUAUUUGAGGGAAGGCGUGGCUUUCUGGGGAAUGUUUUGGUAAAGCCUUCCUGACAUGGCACAUUCUGAUUUGCCAGAAUGGCCAGAAAUCAUGGCAAAGUAGUCUGAUAAAACAAGAAUUACUUCCCGAUUAAUUCAGUUUCGAGCAGAGUUCUGAUCCGGCCAAUUCGGAACAAGCAUCCUUGAUACAUCUUUUGACCUACAGUCAACCUGUUUGCAUGCUGCAAGCUGACACAGCCAGACAGCUCCAUAAGAGCCACUUCCGCUUUGGUUGCAAACAACCAUUCCAGCUACUGUUGUGACCUGGAGACAUCUCAAGACUGGACGGGUCGUAUCGACGUUAAUCUACUGGCUUCAGGUGCCGUGAAGCCCACUCGAUUUCUGACAGUCCGGAUCUGCUGGGGGUAUCCGCCAGGGUUUGUAGACACAACCGAUUGAGUCUGAUGCUGUUUUAUUAAUAAUCAACUCUUGUCAUGUUCCUGAGCUGAGGUGAGCACUCUCUCAUUACUAACCAUCUCUGAGGCAAUCUUCCACAGGUGAGGAGCGGAGGGAGCUGCGGGUGCGCCGAAUCUCCAAUCAGGAGGUCAGGUAUAAAGGGAGGAUGGAGACACCACACUACACCGGAUGAUUGCAACUGUUAGGAUACUCCACUCUACCCACUACUCUCGCCGCUCGAACCCCGGAUUUCCAGAACCACGUCCCAUCCUCCUCUACAACGCCUGCCGUUUUGUCUCCGCUGCCUCACCCGCCUCAGCCCGCUGAGCCACCACCCACACUCACCUUGGCUACCCACCUUUCCGCACAUCCUGGACUAAUAUAUGGACUAAGCCGAACGGCACACCCUCACUGGACUUACCAGUGCACUUUUUGUUCCUGUUUUAAAAUAAAAGAA